AUGAAAGUUGGCCACGUUAUGCCAUCAAACGACAAUGGUGGAGGUCACAAGGAGGAGCAAGAUCUCCAUUCCACGACGGCCUCAGAUGUUGGGCCUCCUCAGCCUUCACCCACCAGGAACGCCUUUCGACCAGCCAACCCAGGUAAGGGCCCUGUGCACGGAAUGACUACUUCCUCUGCUAAUUUUGCAAACGGACAAAACGGCGAACGACGUUUCGUUUCGAUAAACAAAGAUGAUUUUCGCCCCACUGAGCCCGGACACAGCCCUGGUGCUGGCCAUUCUCAUCACCUGAAUUAA